UAGCUUUCUGUCGACUUGUGGUGUAUAUGAGAACUAAUAUAACGCUUUGCAUAGAAACAAUAAAAACUAAGAUACUCGAUUCGUAAUUUCUUGCUCAUGAUAAAUAAUGAACUUUAUGACAGCGUAAAAAUCACACUUUAUUGGUAUUUUUAUUGAUUCAAAUAAUUACUGUUGUUAAUACAUUCAAAAUGGAUUUACUUGGAUCUAUACUGAGUUCAAUGGAUACACCACCGGUGGUUAGUGAAAAACAAAAGGCAUAUUUAAAAAGACAACGCGAUGACCAUCAAAAACAACAGAAAAUGGAAGUUGAAAGACUCAGAAGCUUUCGUGAACAGGUCGAACAAAAUGUCAAUAAAUUUUUAAAAGAUGACAGUAGAAAACAAUAUAAGCUUUCAUCGAUGGAUCAAGUGCAUCGCAGUAUUGUAUAUGACGUAGCUGAAGUUGCCAAUGUAUUAGCCCACUCAUUUGGAGAAGAAGGAGUUGAUAGACAUAUUAUAUUGUUCAAAAAGGAAUACGCUCCUUCAGAGGAUCAUUUAAAUGUUUUACGUCGUGGUGAAGAGUGGAAUGACGAAAUCGCUAAAAAAUUACAAGAUGAAAAAUUAAGACAAGCGAAAGAAGAAGAAGAAGAAAUUUGUUACUCAAAAAAACGUAAAAAUGAUUUUAUUCCAAAUACAAAUUACAAAGAUAAGUAUAAACAUAUUAUUGGUGAAGAAGUUGCUUUAGAGGCUGCAAGAAAGACGGAGGCCAAUAGCAGCUAUGGAUGUGUUCCUAGUGAAAAUAAAAAAGAUCAAAGAAGUAUAGAGCAAACCCUUGCUGACAUUAAAGCAAAAAAGAAAAAAAUAGAGGAAGCAAACCAGCAACUAUCACAAUAAAUUAAAUAAUUUAACUCUA